UGGCAGGGUUGGCAUCGCACACGUGCUUCCGGUAUGUUGCACUGUGGGAAGAUGGCGGCCUCCAGCGUACCAGCAUUGUCAGUGUGGCAGAACUUUAGCUUCCAUUGACAUUGAGCGUUCGCAGGGAUCGGGAGGAUGGUGUUCUGUGGUCGGGUCAACCCCAUCACUGGGUCCUUGGACUGGAUAGAAGAGGAUGAGAACUAUGAUUAUCACCAAGAGAUUGCCCGGUCUUCUUAUGCCGAUAUGCUACAUGACAAGGACCGUAAUGAGAAGUAUUGCCAGGGGAUUUGCUCCGCAGUGAAGAGAGUGAAGGACAGAGGAGAAGAGGCCAUUGUUUUAGACAUUGGGACAGGGACUGGACUCUUAUCCAUGAUGGCUCUCACAGCCGGGGCGGACUACUGCUAUGCCAUUGAGGUUUUCAAGCCUAUGGCAGAUGCAGCAGUGCAGAUAGUGAAAGCAAAUGGCUUCAGUGACAAGAUCAAAGUCAUCAACAAGCAUUCAACAGAGGUGACGGUAGGACCAGACGGAGACAUGAUGCAGAAAGCCAACAUAUUAAUCACAGAAUUAUUUGAUACUGAGCUAAUAGGAGAGGGAGCUCUGCCUAGUUAUGAACACGCACAGCUUAAUCUUAUGCAGGAGCGUUGGGAAGCAGUCCCUCACAGAGCCACUGUUUAUGCUCAAGUAGUCGAGUCACACAGGCUCUGGAGUUGGAACAAGCUCUUACCCAUGCAGUUGGAUGGCAGAACCAUUCAACCACCACCUGAAAUGCAGAGCUGCCCAGGAGCCCCCUCAGUAUGUGAUAUCCAGCUGAGCCAGCUAAAGCCAGGAGACUUCAGACCUCUCAGUGACAUCCUGGUUAUCUUCAGAGUGGACUUCAGCAAGCAGGUCAGCAGUUCUUCGGCGUCUCAUAAUGUCAGCUUCACAUCUUUGGCCGGUGGAUCAGCCCAGGUGGUAUUGUCGUGGUGGGACAUUGACAUGGACCCUGAAGCUACAAUCAACUGCAGCAUGAAGCCAGGCUGGUUAUAUCCUGCAUUGCAUCCUGUGCCGUGGAGGGACCACUGGAUGCAGUGCGUAUACUUCCUGCCGGAGGAAUUAAAGGUGGCGCGAGAGGAGGAGAUUUGUCUCGCUGCUCAUCAGGAUGACUACUGCGUGUGGUACAAUUUGACAAAGCCAAGGGCAGCAGAUAAGAGUUCAUCAGACAGUCCUGCCUGCCGCUGUGGGGCUCACAUCAUGUGGAACCGUGCACGAUUUGGGGAAUUAAAUGAUCAAAGCAGAAUGGACAAAUACAAAGAAGCUUUAAAGAUGAUCCUGACGCCAAGCUCAUUGUGUUUGUGUGUGAGUGAUGGCAGCCUACUGCCCAUGCUGGCACAUUCGGUUGGGGCUUCACAGGUAUUCACCUUAGAGUCUUCUGCCAUGGCUCAGCAGCUUAUGGACAAGAUUUUGCAAAUCAACCACCUCAAAGACUCAAUUCACAUCUUACAGAAAUCUCCAGAUAAACUUACUGCGGCUGAUCUUGGGGAAAGGAAGCUAACUGCUCUGAUUGGGGAGCCCUUUUUCACCACCAGCCUCCUACCAUGGCACAACCUGUGUUUCUGGUACUCCCGUACGGCUCUGUCUGACAACUUGGCUGAGGACUGCGCCGUCCUCCCCAUGUCUGCUUCUUUAUAUGUGUUGGCUGUUGAAUUUAAGGACCUUUGGAGGAUCAGAAGUCCAUGUGGAAAUUGUGAAGGGUUUGAUGUCAGUAUUAUGGAUGAAAUGAUAAAGAAAUCUUUAGAUUUUCGCGAGUCUCGGGAGGCUGAGCCCCAUCCUCUUUGGGAGUACCCCUGCAGGGCUCUUUCUGAUCCCACUAAAGUUAUAACAUUUGAUUUCCGAGAGAAAGUCCCAACUGAAGAAAUGAAAGCGGAAGGUUCUCUGAACCUUGUGAGGUCAGGUCUGUGUCAUGGAGUAGUGCUCUGGAUGGAAUACCAGCUCACAGAGGAUAUUGCUAUCAGCACGGGACUGCUGCAGGUGACCGAUGAGACGGGCGACUGUCAGUGGUAUCCACACCGCAAGCAAGGAGUUUACUUUUUCAGCUCUCUCUGGAACCCGGGACCAUCCACAGCGGACAGCCACAGUGCGGUCACUUACCAUUUGACGUUUAAGCCACAAAUGGGAGACAUACAAAUGAGUUUCAUCCCUACAUCUUAGCAUUCAGAGUCUCAGAAUAUCCUGCUGUGCUCUCCUGGAUUUCCAUAUAUCCUGCCAGACCUGUGGCUUUUAAUUAUUCUUGUAAAAUAUUUGAAUAUGUCUCCCAAAAAGUAAAAUUAUUGACGGUCCGUUUCUCCUUAUACUGGCCUGAUUGUGGCUCUAGCUUCACAAAUCUGACCUUAGGACACUGUCUGUCAAGUAAUUGUCUUAUGGGUAUAAUCAUUGUAGACUGAGCCAUGAAUAUAUGUUUUAGUGUAUGUAUAUUGUGGACAUUAUUGGGUCCUUCUGUGGUGCUUACUGGUUUAUUAGUGGGAGGCUCUUAGCAGUUGUGACCAUGCGGAUUUGCUGGUAGUCUAGGUGAGGGGCAGGGAGAGCAGAGCAAUCGUAUCUUUUGUGAAGCUUUUAUUAUCAGGAGUAGUGUGAAUAUGAACUUUUAUUCUUCCAAGAGGUAGUGCCUUCUGCAUUGAACUUAUUUACAGCCACUCCCCCUCUGCUAAAGUGGGCAACACAGCAGUCACUCAGAGCAGACGGGAGAACUGUGAAGCAGCUCAAUACAGAGACCACGUCACAGUGAAUCCUUGCCCUGGAGCAGUUCCUGGCAGAAUAAAACGUCAUAGUCACACUAUUCCUGAUAAUAAAAGCUCCACAAAAGGUAUAUUUGUCCUACCUAGUGCAGUUUUACAUGGCCAAUCUUCUGACAGGUUCCUUUUAGGGUGCAUUUACACGACUGUGGCAUGUUUUGCGGUCCGCAGAUUGCUUAUCCGCAAAACAUGGAUACUGGCCGUGUGCGUUCCGCAUUUUACAGGGUCGGCACUAUAUAGAAAAUGCCUAUUCUUGUCGGCAAGAAUAGGACAUGCUCUAUAUUUUUUGCAGGGCCGCGGAGUGGAACAACACGGUGUGCUGUCCGCAUCUUUUGCGGACCCAUUCAUACGGUCGCGUAAAUGAGCCCUAUAGCCCAUUUUCAAAUAUCUUGCCAAUAAAGUAAAUGAGCAGGGGGUCCCCAUUCAGUAUACUGUUCUAUUCAUCCGGGCAGGAAGCAGCUCUGAAGGAUGUGGCACAUCUGUGCAUUAUAUGGUCAGACCCCUAAUUUCAGCGAGAACUGUUUAAUGUUACCGUUUGGACAGUCCCUUUUUUGUUAGGAUGAUUUCCAAGAUUAUGAUCACAUCAGGCUGCUGAGAGUCUUAUGGGCCCUUUACACGGGCCGACAAUUUCGCUCGUUAUCGAUGAUCUUGUGAUGUAAAUGCUCCGCCGUGCAGCACAAAAGACCACCGUUUGCCAGUGACAGAUAGUGCUGUGUGAACACUAUCUCCUGCCGGGAAACAACGAGCCUAUAUGGGGAAGAGCGAUGGCAUUAGCAGAUUGCUGGGAAAAAACGCUUCCUGCUAGAUCCUCGUCCCGUGUAAAGGGACCAUCAGUGAUCAGCUGUAAUCUGUUGAAUUCCCUAGAUGGUCUUUAAUUACCCACAGAGCCACAAUGGGAAAAUGAAGCAUUCCCGAUGUCCAUUGAUCUCAGUGGACUGUCUCUGUACUUCACUAUAUGCUGCAUAGUCCAGAGUGAGAAACGCUCUUUGUAACCACUCUCCACUCUGGCCUAAUAGAUGGGAAUCCUGAACCCCUAGAGUUCUGAAAAUAUAGAAGAAAACCCCUUCCCACCUUGGGGUGUGAUAUCACCUUGCUAGUCGUACCUGUGAACCUCUGUAUUAUUUCAGAUCAUUGAUGGCCGUGAGCCUAGGAGCUGCGCCCAUGCCGUUACUUGUGGGUGCCGUCUGUAGUAGAUGUCUGUAAUACUGGCUGCACCUAAGAAGCUCCAUCGGUGCCCGCAUGACCUGGUCGCAGGGUGCUGAUGGGUUUUUCUGGUGAGGCAGCUGUCACAUGCAGGAGUGGAAUGAAGGGAGAGGUGACCCACAUCUAUUACACAUGGCAUAGCCUACAGAUGUAGCAGGGUUAACACACAAACUCUUAACUCCAAUUUCUUAACUCAUCGCGUUAUCUUGAAACAAAAGCCAUUGAAAAGCAAUUGAAGGUGUUUGCUUAACGCAUUUAGUUUAGAUAACAUGUCUCCUAAAGCACGAGUGUUAACUCUACUACAUCUGUACAUGUCAUACAUAUUUAAAGUGGGAAUGUCCUUUAAAAAUCCCCAAUAUUUGCUAUAAAGAAACUGAACAAAAAUAACGUACAUUACCUAGAACAGGACAUCAUUCAUUGAAAUCGUAGACAUGCAUAGGACGAUAUGUACCAGGAUGGCAUGCAUAGGACGACAUGUACCAGGAUGGCAUGCAUAGGACGACAUGUACCAGGAUGGCAUGCAUAGGACGACAUGUACCAGGAUGGCAUGCAUAGGACGACAUGUACCAGGAUGGCAUGCAUAGGACGACAUGUACCAGGAUGGCAUGCAUAGGACGACAUGUACCAGGAUGGCAUGCAUAGGACGACAUGUACCAGGAUGGCAUGCAUAGGACGACAUGUACCAGGAUGGCAUGCAUAGGACGAUAUGUACCAGGAUGGCAUGCAUAGGACGACAUGUACCAGGAUGG